CAGAAUUCGAGUCUGUAUUGGUACUGCUUCUGGCAUGAACAAGCACUGAUGUUCCAUUGGCCUGAUCGGUCUGGUUGGGUACGCCUGGUUAAUAGUCAUCGUGACCGUCAUUCUCUCGCAAGUCUGGGGUGAUCAAUAUGCUGACUGGCUAGUAAUUACUUUUAGAUCAUCAUGGUAGCGUUGACAACUUCUAUCUCAGCCAUGGCAGGGCCCACCGCAACAAGGGACGUGUGCAUGAUGCACGCUCCUCAUCGCUUGCCAGGACAGGCAUCAAUUCUCCGCAAUCACAGAAGUAGAGGUAGCAAGGCAGCUCAUGUUAGACAUCCGUUCAAGCGAUUGCGAGUGCAGAGGUGUGUGGCACUGGAAGAGGCUGACUGGGAGGAAGAGAUGAGCCUCUUCAGGAAGAGACUGCAGAAGCCCAAUCAGCUGGAGACAAUGCGAAAAAUUGUCGAAGAGGUGGACAUUGGAAAGGUGCUCCUUGUCGGGGACGGCUUUGCCGUCAUCCAAGGUCUCAACAACGAUGCCCCAGUAGGAUGCAGCCUCAGGUUUGUGAGCGGUGCAUCCGGAGUGCUUCUCUGGCGGCGCAGCGACAAUAUUUGCCUUGCACUGCUCCUGGGCAGCACUGGCACAGUUGAGGUCGGUGAAGGAGUGGAAUGCCGCAUCAGAGCUAUCCUUCAGGUGGUAGAUGAGCAGCAGGGCCCGACAACAAAGAGGGAGUACGACGUGGCCAAGGUGCCUGUGGGGGAGGAGCUGGCAGGAAAGGUUGUAGAUUUUCUGGGGAGAGCGCCGGGCACCCAGGUCCAGCUGGGCACCAGUGCAUUCGCGCCGCUCCUUGCCGAGCAGCCAGACAUGGAGUCCAGGGAACAGAUUGCAGAGGCGUUGGUGACAGGAGUCAAAGCGCUUGAUGUGUUGACACCCUUGGGGAGGGGGCAGGCUCUGCUCGUGACGGGCCUGCGGCAAACUGGGAAGACAUCACUGGUGCUGGACGCAAUCCUGGGGCAAUAUCGCAGCGGCGUGCGCUGCAUCUACGCAGCCAUCGGCCAAAGCAUGGAAGAGGUGACUAGCACAGUAGCACUGCUCAAGCGCAACGAUGCGAUGGCCUACACGACAGUGGUGGCGGCGCCCGAGGGUGCCAGCCUGGGCGAGCGCUAUGCAGCCAUCUCCAGCGCGCUCGCCAUUGGAGAGCUCGUGCGGGACCGUGGCGGCCACUCCCUGGUCAUCAUUGAUGACCUUGCCUGCAUGGUGGAGGUCUGGGAAAGUAUCACAAAGGCGCUCGCGACGUUGGGCCCUGUUGCUGAGCUGGAGGGCGACAAGCAGGAGGACAGCAUGGAUGAGGAGCAGCUGGUCGAGUAUGAAGGCAUGCUGGUGGCCGCCUCCGCCGCGCAGCGACGCAGGUUCUUUUCGUCGCUGAUCCAGCGCGCGGCGAAGCUGCACAAGCGGCUGGGCGGCGGGUCACUGACGCUGCUGCCGGUGCUGGCGGGGGCGCCGGCGCGCGGGGAGGGCCCGCGGCCGCCCAGCGCCGCGCAGUACAAGCACCUGUCUGAGGCGCAGCGCGAAAAGCUGCAGGCCGCGCUCGAGGCCGCCCACCAGCAGCAGCUUGGGCAGCAGCAGGAGGGCUGCGUUCGCACGGAGGUGGUGGAGGAGUUCAUGUCGAUAGCGGAUGGGCAGGUGGUGCUGCAGCGCGAGGAUGGCGGCGCGGCGGUGGGCGUGGACCCGCAGGCCAGCGUCAGCCGCAUCGGCAGCCGCGCCUACCCGCCCGCCCUCGCCGACCUUGCUGUACAGCUGCGCUUCGAGCUGGCGCAGGCCGUGGACGCUGCAAGGUUCGGCCAUGAUCCAGAGGCGGCAGCGGUUCGGCAGCAGGCGUGCUUUGCGGAGCAGGCACGGGCUGCCCUGGCGCAGACACCAGGGCAUCCAGUGCCUUUAGAGGAGCAGGUGGCGAUUCUGUAUGCUCUACAGAGCGGCUUCUUCCGAAAUGUCAGCCCCAGCAGUGUGCCUCUGCGCCAGUCAAUCUUCAUCCAGUCCCUGAGGAGGUCAAAACCUGGCGUUCUGCGGGAUAUUGCCGCCACACAGCAACUGACAGAAGAAGCCAGGGCAGCCCUGGGUCAAGCCCUGGAAGAGAUCAGUGCUGCUUUCAGCCCAUCGACCUGAUUGGCACCGUUGGCAACUUGGUUUGGGGCUCUUCCAGGUGUAAAACAGAACCUGUACAAUACGUUGACUAGGUAGAUUAAUAGUCCUUGAGUUGCAUUGCCUGACAGCACCAUCCUUGCACAUUUGGAUUUGCCAAAUUGGGAGGUUAUGUCUUAGAAUGUCUGGGUGGCUACUUUACAGGCUAGUUGAAUGCGUCCCACAGAAAUUGCGGACCUGCUGAUUUGGCUUCUCAUUGCCAAUUGCAAAGGCAGUGCGUG